UACGCUUGUAUGAUGAUCAACAUAAUAGUACAUCGCUCAUAGCGGAAGCUUUACUCCAGAUUUAGAUUUAGCUUGAAGCUAGCGCGUCUGGCGCACAUUAUUUCUACGUCACAUCCGGCGAGUGAGGUCUUUCUUUUUUUUGGUUUUCCCGUAUCCGCCAUUUCGGUUUUUUGAAGUUAGUUGUCAUCGGCCGCUGGAUUCUAGCUGGAAUUCCGUCGUUAAAAAAGCCGGCAUUUCAUCACAAUUGCGGCUGAAUCCCCGCCGUCAAGCAGAUAAGGUCGCUUUUCAUUUCCGGGUUGCGGUUCCGUGACGCCGAAUUGAUGUCCAAACGGCCGGCUGCGGGUGUCGCCUGUUUACUAAACGUGCUCCGAGGCGCUAAAGUUUUUUUUUGUAUGAGUUGAAGGCUUCGCCCCGUGGAUAACGGGAGGGAACGGGAAGGCCCGGCGACCAAGCCUCGGCUCUUGGAGUGAGGAGGAGGAGGAGGGGGGCAGUUUAUUUUAUUUUAUUCAAAAUAAAAAGAUAAUUCUAAUGGCCGGGAAUUUUGACGCGGAGGACCGCGGCAGCUGGUACUGGGGUCGGCUGAGCAGGCAGGAGGCGGUGUCCCUGCUGCAGGGUCAGCGGCACGGCGUCUUCCUGGUCCGGGACUCCAUCACCAGCCCCGGCGACUACGUGCUGUCGGUGUCGGAGAACUCCAAAGUCUCGCAUUACAUCAUUAACAGCAUCAGCAACAACCGGCAAUCUGGUCCAGGUUCCGCCCAGCCGAGGUUCCGCAUCGGCGACCAGGAGUUUGACGCGCUGCCCGCUCUGCUGGAGUUCUACAAAAUCCACUACCUGGACACCACCACUCUGAUAGAACCCAUCAACAAGUCCAAGCACACCUCCUUCGUCGCCGCGGGCCCCGGGGGGCCCCCGCCCCGCCUGGAGGACGAGUUCGUCCGGGCGCUCUUCGACUUCCCCGGCAACGACGAGGAGGACCUCCCCUUCCGGAAGGGCGACGUCCUGCGGGUGCUGGAGAAGCCGGAGGAGCAGUGGUGGAACGCCCAGAACUCUGAGGGCCGCGCCGGGAUGAUCCCGGUGCCCUACGUGGAGAAGUACCGGCCCGCGUCCCCGGGUUCGGCGGCGGGUGGCGGCGGCGUGCCCUGUGGCGGCGGGGUGCCGAUGCUGCCGCCUCUGGGGAACUCUGACGCCCCACUGCUGGGAGACCCGAGCCAGUACGCCCAGCCCACCCCCCUCCCCAACCUGCAGAACGGACCUGUCUACGCCCGGGCCGUUCAGAAGAGGGUGCCCAACGCCUACGACAAGACGGCGCUGGCCCUGGAGGUGGGUGACAGGGUGACGGUGACCAAAAUAAACGUGAACGGCCAGUGGGAGGGUGAAUGUAAAGGCAAGCGGGGCCACUUCCCCUUCACGCACGUCAAGCUGCUGGACCAUCACAACGCCGAGGACGAGCUCAGCUGAGAGCGGCGGCUCAGGCCGCUAACUGGACACUAGUAUUAGACCCCUCCCCCCUCCGCCCCCCCCCCCCCCCCCCCCCCCGGGGCCUCACGUCCUCUCCACGCUUUACAGUUUCAGAGAAUGAGAGCGGACCGUUUAUACCCCCUCUGAGUAACCACGCCCCCCCCCCCCUUGCUCCGACUGAUGUUCUCCCGGUUCUCAUGUGUCCGUCUGCUGUUGCAGGUGCUGUUAAUGCUGCAGAUUGACUUCAUUAGAGAUGAUGCUUCUUCGUUUUCUUAGCGAUAAGAAGAGCCAUAUUCCUCCGGUCUGUGGCAGCAAUUAGCAUUUGGACAGAGCCAAGCUAGCUAUAUUCCUCCCACUGAUUCCAGGCUAUGCUAAGCUAAGCUAAUAUAUUCACUACAAAACAAAGAGAACCUCACCGAGCUUCUCAUUUAACUUGGCCAGAAAGCGAAUAGUAGGAAUAAUUCCCAACUGUUCCUUUACUCCUGAUCCACUCGUCUCACUGGGAAUCAACACUAAUAUCUUGUUCAUGUCGAGGUCUUUGUUCACUCAAGUUAUAACACAAAAUCCUGACAAAUAUAUAUCACUAAAAUAUAUCUGUCGGAUUGGUGGGCGUGAGCGACGCCUACUAAUCGAAGAUCAUCAAAAGGGUGUUGUGUGUUUACCUCCUCGGUCAGCUGAUCUUAAAGCCGGGGCUGGUAACCUUUAGCAGACCAGCAGUACACUACGUUCAUCCAUCAUCCAAUGAACAAACAGCAUAAGGUGGACAACUAUCCUCUAAUGAAGUAGCACCGUUGGCUCCAAAGGUUCCUCAUUCUGGCCUCCUGACAUCACACUAGUUGAAAGGAGCCCUGAGCGGUGGAGGUCUUCUCAUUGGACGAGAGCGCAUCAUCGGCCACGACGAGGGACAACGUGAACGUGAGCUCCUCGUGUGACACGGAGGAGAACAAGAACUGACCGGAGACCAGCAGCUCGGAGCAACUUUUACCUCCUCCUCCUGAAACCAAGUAGACUUUUGUAAGAACAAAGAAAACCCACAAAAAGAGGAACCCGGUGACGUUCGAUGGGAUUAUCAUUACAUGCUAAAACAUUCUUAUAUUCUAGUUUUCUUCGUAGCAGAUGUUUUACUGGUGCAUGUUGGGAAGGGGGUCGAUGGUGCAAACUGACUCCAGGUGCACAUCUGUUCUCACCCUGCGUCCGUCGGCCAUGUUGCUUUGUGGCGUCUUCUCACCUUCGCAGGAACAGACGCGUCUGACGAGUGAUUGGAUUCGGUCCCUGACCUUUAACCUUCCUGAUAAUCUCCUCGCCACCUCCGGCCAUUAAGUUCCUUUAAUCCUCACGUUCAUCCUCUUUAUUUAAAGCACACGAGGACUUUCUUCCUUUCCUAAUCUACCUUCUGCCGUGUCUUUGUUUGCCGAGGAGAGUUACGUCGUGGUCGAGCUCCUCCCUGUUUCUGUUGAAUCUCUUCGAUGACGCCUGACAAUCACACCCCCCCCUUCGACACCCCCCCCUUUACCUCCCUACAGACGUCACGGUAGAAUAUAUUUAUGACCAACACACCGUGUCGCCUUUAGGUGUCACUACAACAACAUUUACACAGAUAAAGGUUUUUUUCUUUUACAGAAUGCUCCUCUUCUCAUUAUGAGUAUGAUGUUUCAAAGGUUUUUAAUGAUUCCACCCGUUGAUCACAGGACGACUUUGUUUCAAACUGCCCCGUUCAAAAUGGUUUUGAUUUAUUUGUUUUAAACUUAAAAGGUCAGGGCAUCAUGGAGAAAUGAAAUGAUCACACUAUAUUUUUGGGGAUUGUUACAUUAUGUUUAGUAAUCCUCAGCAUGGUGUAUGUAAGGGCUGAUGGAGGGUGAAGACCAGUACGUCACUUUACUGGGAUGCAGCCUUUUAAUCCACGACAAUGUUCAACCUGAUCUCCUGAUAUCGAUGCGUCAACAUAUCGGCUCAAACACGGCAGCUGCUUGGCUACAUCAAUCAUUACCCUUUUAUAAAUCACUUCACCAAGGACACCAAAAGUAUUUUUUUAUUUUAUUUCUUCGGAGCCUUGCAUGAGGAAGAGGUGGCAGAAAGGAAAAUGCCAGUGGAAGUUGUGUUAAUAUCAAAAUGUGCCAUUUUAUUAUAACACUAUAUUCUUUCAACACAAUUGAAAUGACCUUUUUUAUUUUCUGUAGCAUGUAAUGUGUUAAUAUACUAGUAAAUAAAGUCAAACCAAUGACGAAU